CAGAAAUGAAGACUAAGCUCUCCGAAUUUCUCUUCUCCUAAAAAUGCACAUCCUAUGACUGAACAGGCAGUAGGUGUAUAGCAUUAUUGAAGAAGACCACUGGACUGGAAACUAGGCUGACUUCUAGUUCUGGCGCUGUGAAUAUUCUGCUGUAAACACACUGGCUAGCCAUUUAACUUCACUGGGUUAUUUCUCUACCUGUAAAAUGGAGACACUUCAAGGAGAAACGGCAGAUUCUAUCAGGUCCUAGCCCUGAAGUACUCCUGGGAGCUUCACAAGGUCACCAGUGUUUCCAAAAGAAGGCAGAACAGCCAAGUGUGCUGCCUUUUUCUCCAAACAAGCUCUCUCAGGUCACUUCAGAGUCUUCCCUUCUUUAUGAUUCAAUGGACCAAGUAAAUGGCUCUGUGGUAACUGACUUUGUGUUACUGGGACUGGCACAAUCCUUGGGAAUGCAGUUUUUUCUUUUUCUUUUCUUUUCUCUAUUCUAUGUGGGGAUUAUCCUAGGAAACCUCUUCAUUGUGUUCACAGUGAUUUUUGAUUCUCACUUACACUCCCCCAUGUAUAUUCUGCUGGCCAAUCUAUCACUCAUUGACCUGGGCCUUUCAUCUACCACAGUUCCUAGGGCAAUAUUUGACCUUUUCAGUGAUUGUAAAAUCAUUUCUUUCCACAGUUGCAUGAUACAAAUGUUCUUUAUUCAUGUCAUGGGAGGAGUGGAGAUGGCACUGCUCAUAGCCAUGGCAUAUGACAGGUACACUGCAAUCUGCAAACCUCUCCACUAUCUAACUAUUAUGAGUCCCAAAAUGUGCAUGCUUUUGAUAGUGGCUGCUUGGAUCAUUGGAGUGAUUCAUGCUGUGUUUCAGUUUGUUUUUGUCAUAAAUUUACCUUUCUGUGGUCCUAAUUAUGUGGGGAGCUUUUAUUGUGAUUUUCCUAGGAUUAUUAAACUUGCAUGCAUGGCUACUUAUAAACUAGAAUUUGUGGUCACUGCCAACAGUGGCUUCAUAUCUAUGGGAACCUUCUUUUUCUUAAUUAUGUCAUAUAUCUUUAUUCUGGUCACUGUCAGAAAACAUUCUUCAAAGGAUUUGUCCAAAGCAUUCUUUACUUUGUCAGCUCACAUCACAGUAGUGGUUUUGUUUUUCACUCCAUGCAUGUUUCUCUAUGUGUGGCCUUUUCCUACCAAGUCAUUGGAUACAUUUUUUUCCAUUGUGGACUUUGUUGUCACUCCUGUCUUAAAUCCUGCCAUUUAUACUUUAAGGAACAGAGAUAUGAAAGUGGCAAUGAGAAGAUUGACUGGACAAGUUGUAAGUUCUAGGGAGAUGACGUGACAGAUUUCAUUGACAAGAACAUAAAAUGAAUGUCAUGAACCAAAAGGACUUUCAUGGCCACCAUAAACACCUGGGAUAUGUACAAUUUCAUUACUACCUUUGAAAAACUUAGAAGUUUACAGAAACAGAAAAAGAGGUAUUGAAUCAAAGGAUUUCAUUUUCAGAUAGAGUUACAGCAAUUUUUGUUAGCUAUAAAAAAUGGUGUUAUGUAUUUCAAUCUAACCUAUAAACCUAAAUUAUAGUUACUGUAUUCAAUUUUCAAUGUGUAUAUAAAUAUAUACAUGUACAUACACAUGAUUUCCCUUUAUCACUGUGUUCAUAGUGAUAAAAAGUAACACUGGAAAUCAAUUAAUAUUUCUUAUGGAAAUUAUGUGGAUCCAAUGGAUAAUAUAUAAAUUUAGAUAAAUGAACAUACGUUAAAGUCAAGGAACAAUCAGUUCUCAUCCUCACUGUUCUUUAAAUAAGAUAAAUAGGAAGGCAAUGCUAUAUUACAACUCUUAAGAAUUUUUCCAGUCUCUGUUGUCAAUGUGUUUUGGACAAUGUUAUUUUUACAAAUAGUCUCUUGUACUUUGCAUUAUGUAAAAUGUGCCUAUUACAUUUUUCCCAACAGCAAAUUUCUGUUGCCUUACAGUCUUCCUUAAAUCAUCUCUUGAUCACUCUUUUUGAUUAAAUCAUUUUAGUGUAAUUCUAUUACAGUUGUCCCAGUUUUCCCCCUCUUCCCAGCCCACCCUCUGCUCUCACAGUCAAUUCCCACAUUGUUGUCCAUAUCUGUAGGUCAUGCAUACAUGUGUUUUGUCCAGUUCCUUCCCCUUCUUUCCACCAUUAUCCUUCUUCCCCUCACUUCUGGUCACUUUCAGUCUGUUCCAUGUUUACAUGACUGUGGUUGUAUUUUGGUCAUUAGUUUAUUUUGUUCAUGAGAUUCCUUUUAUAGAUGAGAUCAUAUGGUGUUCUGGCUUGAUUCACUCUUAAAAAGUGUCUAUAAUUCUAAAUGUAUUUGAAGGAACUUAUUACCUAGAGGAAGCUACUCACACACAUCUCGACUUAUGUGUCAUGCCUGUUCUUAAGCUAGGGUGCUUAGGACAAAGAAACCAAUUGACAUUUUUCAGGUAAAACCUGGAAAGCCUAGUGGUCAAGGAAGCACAAUUGAGAGAUCACUUGGAUGUAUUUCUAUGAGUAGCUGAAGAAACAUGAAUUGUGAUAACUCAGUUGUUUUAACUUAUGCAUAGUAACUAAAGAUGCCCAAUAAAAUGAUAAAUGAUAAGAACUGAGAAUUUAUUAUUAAUAAAGGUAUUUUCUCCAAAAUUAGUCAUCAAUGUUAUAAGCUAUCCUUCUUUUAUCAAAUCUAAAGCAUAAUUAUUCUGUCUUGUUAACUCAUCUGGAUAUUGAUUUUACAAUUUUUUCUUAUUUGUUUUACUAUCAUUCUUU